AUGGGAGCCAUAGAAUCAAAAGUUGAUGUGGACAAGAUCCAUAAGGAGGUGACCUCGAGUCCUGUCAUGAUAUACACCAAGGAUGGUUGCAGUUUUUGUACCAGAGCUAAGAGUUUGCUCAACGAGGAGAAAAUUGAGUACACCGAAUGUAAUAUAGAUCGACUGAAAGAAACGGAUCCGAAACAGUAUAAACCUCGAGUCAAUGGUCUAGUUUAUAUGACGAGGCAAACGACAAUGCCACAGAUAUUCAUAUGUGGACACUUCGUCGGAGGGUGUACGGAUCUAGAAAAAAUGCGAGAGUCGCGGAAGCUUCACGAAGCACUUCUCGAAUGUACCGGCGAGAAUAGUAGAUUUGAUUGA